AUGGAUCAAGAACCAACAAGCACCAUGCAACGAUGUGUCGUGGCCCCAGCAGCAUCGUAUCGUGGUGUUCGACAACGAAAAUGGGGGAAAUGGGUGUCGGAAAUUCGUGAGCCGGGGAAGAAGAGCAGAAUAUGGUUAGGGAGCUACGAGUCACCGGAGAUGGCAGCAGCAGCCUAUGACGUGGCAGCGUUGCACCUCAGAGGACGCGCCGCCAGGCUCAAUUUUCCUGAACUGGCGGAGACACUGCCACGUCCCGCCAGCUCGAAACCCGAGGAUGUACAGGUGGCAGCACAGCAAGCGGCAUUGAAGUUCACUGUGUCACCAUCAGUGUCACGUAAUGAAAUAUGUAGUAUGAAUGAAAGUGGUAGCAAUGGUGGUAAUAGUGUGAGUAAGAGUAGUGGUGUGGUUCCUGUGAGAGUGGGACUUUCGGCUACACAAAUCCAAGCUAUCAAUGAGUCUCCGUUGGACUCACCAAAGAUGUGGAUGAUGCAGAUGGCAGAGACAAUUAGGUUUGGGUUUGGUGAUGAGUAUUCUGCGAUGAUGCUGUCUUGUGAUGAUGAUGAUGAUUAUGCUAUGGAGUUGAGUGGAUGGGAAGAAAUGCAUCAUGAAUCAUUGUGGGACUCUCCUGAAUAUAUGUGA